GGCUUGUUUGAGGUCAAAUCUGUUUCUGCUUCAUCUUCAUCCAAUCAGCCACGACCAUCUCACAGCUAAGCAUCAGUGGCGCUGCGAGAUCGACGAUCUCGCUCCACCGUCCAUAUCCGGGAAUAGACUGUACUGUACCACCCCCCGGGGGGGCCGGGGCGGGCAGUGCAAGGCGGCAAGUGGCGAACAACAAUUUCUACAAUUUCCACUGGGCGGCUGUGCGACAACUCACACAUGCGUCCCGCAUCGCGUACUCUGAGGAAGUCCACCGUAUGGAUGUACCUCCUAGACAUGUUCGAGUACAGAGUACACACGUCCUUUCCCGUCCUCGCUCUCGUGCAACACCUGCAACACCUGCAACACGGCUCGUCAUCUCCUCGUUACGAUUUGGCUGGUCGUUAUAACGGUGACGUCCCCCAUUUUCUCUCCAGCCUCCGUAUUCCUCCCUCAAACAACCCUUCUUGACACUCGAGCCUCUUUUAUGCUCGUCUUUCACUCGUUCGAAUCUGUUUUUGUAAUCACUGGCCAACUCAUUCGUUGGGGUCAUCGUGUGUCUUGUUAACAUCGUGUGCCUUGUUAAUUCACCCUCGCCGUCCCCUCACUCAUUUCGGGCUCGUGCAACGCAACAAACAAAUCCCAUUCCACUGCCCCAAUCCAAACCUCUUUCAUCACCAGGAUCAUCAAGAUGAAGUCUUUCACCAUGACCGCCGCGUUGGCCUUUGCCACCAGCGUCACUGCCGUGCCGAGCAACGUUUCCCCCAACGACCUCAGGCCGAGAGCAACUCUCGAGGCCAUCACCGUGAAGGGUAACGCCUUCUUCAAGGGCAGCGAGCGCUUCUACAUCCGUGGUAUCGACUACCAGCCAGGCGGAUCUGCCGACGCGAAGGACCCCCUCGCAGAUGAUGUGAUCUGCAAGCGCGACAUCGCUGAGUUCAAGAAGCUGGGAGCCAACGUCGUCCGUGUCUACACUGUUGACAACACCAAGGACCACACCACCUGCAUGGGUCUCCUCGCCGAUGCCGGUAUCUACUUGGUCUUGGACGCCAGCACACCAAAAUACUCCAUCAACCGUGCUGACCCUCUGCCAUCUUACAACGCUGUCUACCUCCAGUCUCUCUUUGCUACCAUUGACGAGUUCGCCAAGUACACCAACACCUUGGCUUUCUUCAGCGGCAAUGAAGUCAUCAACGACGGCACCACCACCGAGGCUGCUCCCUACGUCAAGGCCACCACCAGAGAUAUGCGCGCGUACAUCAAGGCCAAGGGACUCCGCAAGAUCCCCGUCGGAUACUCCGCCGCGGAUGUUUCCGAGAACCGCAUGGACAUGGCUCACUACAUGAACUGCGGUUCCGACGAUGAGCGCAGCGACUUCUUCGCCUUCAACGACUACUCAUGGUGUGCCCCCAACACCUUCACCGGUGCCGGCUGGGACCAGAAGGUCAAGAACUUCACCGACUAUGGCGUCCCCAUCUUCCUGUCCGAGUACGGUUGCAUCAAGCCUGGCCCACGUACGUUCGAGGAGGUCAAGUCUCUGUACAGUACCGACAUGACCGCUGUCUACUCUGGUGGUCUUGUUUACGAGUACUCCGAGGAGGGCUCCGGCUACGGACUCGUCAAGAUCAAGGACACCACGUCGGUCUCUGAGCUCUCUGGGUUCAACUACCUGAAGAACGCCUUUGCCAGCACCCCGGCCCCAACCGGAGACGGUGGAUAUUCUACCAAGGGCACGGCCUCCCAGUGCCCACCCAAGUCGUCGAACUGGAACGUUACUACCUCAGAUCUCCCUACCAUCCCCAAGAAGGCUCAGGAGUACAUGACGAGCGAUGUUGGAAAGGGACCAGGCUUGAAGGGAGCUGGAUCCCAGACCUCCGGAGCUGAUGGCAUCUCGUCUGAUGGAAGCGGAACCCCCACCAGUGGCACCCAUGGACAGACCUCUAAGGCUGCCGCUAACGGACUCGUUGCCCCUAUCGACUUCAAGGCCGCAUAUACCGGCAUGGUUGUCAUCGGAUGCUUCUUGGGUGGCGGGCUCCUGUUGUAGUGAAUUACGUUUUUUUUUGUUGGAGGGAUAGUUGCUUCAGGUCAGAGCGAGCGUACUGCAUUGUACAGCUGCGAAGAGCGAAUGUUAGCGCCUCCCUAUGUAUUCUAGCCAAGAUUAGGAAUGAAAUAUUCUGAUAUAAA